GCCAACCUGCCCCUUACCCUGUCCCAUCGCACCCCGAUUGGCCAUGAGCCCCGAUAUCUGGCGCCCUGCAGGGGCUGGCAGAUGCAUGGCUGAACCGGUAAAACGCGACGAGCAGAAGGGUUUGGCCAGCAGUCUAGAAGCUUCAGCACAGCCGUGACUAAAGCACCAAUCGACGCACAGCGACCGGGCGCGGGCAAGUCGUGUCUAGUGCACGAAAACGGAUGAACGUAAAUGGAUGCGACGUUGCCGCUGUGAUGUUGAUGCUGUUUGUGGAAUAACGCAGGAGUAUAAGCAGAGCAUCAGGAGCUCAAAGUCAAUACUUCAAGACCGCUAUUUGCAUCCAAAGUGCGUGAAUGCGGGAUGGGGCAAGGCAAUUGUGUUUUGACACAGGUCUGUAGGUCCCUCGCCAUCAUUGUAGACUGUCUGCGUGACUACAUUUGCAUUACUUGCGUUUGUCAAUAUUUAGAUAACGGAAGCUAGUCAAGCGACUGCACGAUGCUGCCUUCUCGCGUGUUCGUGUUGACAGUAAAAGACAGAGGUCCUAAGAGAGUCAAAUGAGAACAUAAUUCGCAAUGAAGAAGGGCCGGGCUGGCGCUGGGGCAAAGGCGCGAAGAGCCCCGGCCGCGCGCAAGGCAGACGAGGCCGUGCAAUGGUUCCAGCGCGAGGGGUUUGACCCUGCGGAGUACAUUGGGCAGUUGCGCAGCGAAAAGGACCUAGACCAGGCCCGCAACGAGCUCACACAGCUCCAUGAUUUCUGCAGGAAAGAGAUCCAAAAGGUGGUGCACGACCACCACAAGGACUUCCUGGAGGCCAGCCGCGACAUUAGCGAUGUGGAGGGGCUGGUGGAUGAGCUGCGCAACUACGUCUCGGGCGGCGCCACGGUUGUGGCCAACCUGCUGGACCUGCCGCAGCUGCCGCAACAGGCGGCCGCGGCGUCGGCGCUGCUGCCCGCCACCAACAUCGUGCCGGACCCCUCCGGCACGCCGCAGCAGCAGCCUUCCGUGUGGGCUUCCAUCCUGGCGUUGCAGACGGACCUGCUGCAGGACCUGCAGGUGGCAGUGGCAGAGCAGGACUUCGCCACCGCACGUGCGCUACUGGCUGCGGGGCGCGACAUGAUUGCUGUGGUGGACCGGGACUCCGCGCAGCUGUCCGCACAGGCUGGCGGCGACGGCAUCUCGGCGUGGCGCUACAACUUUGAGGGCACGCUGGCGGCCCAGAAGGCGGCGCUGAUCGAGGAGCUGCAGCGGCAGCUCAGCCGCACCAACAACAGUACAAUGGAGAGGCGCACGGCGGCGCAGACGCUGGGGCUGUUAGUGGGGCCGGGCCAAGCCACGCAGGCGCUGCUGCGCUGUCAUACUUUGCGCGUGCGCGCGGCGCAGCAGCAUUUGCUGACGCAACACUCGGCAGCCGGCGGCGACCCGGAUGGCGUGGAGUACGCGGGCGGGUUGGCGCAGACCACCUUCCUCGCCAUCGGUGCGGCAGCGGAGGACGUGCGCGCCGUGUUCCCUGGACCCCCAACCGCCCUGCUGCCAAACGGAACCACCAGCGCAGCCGCGGCAGCCGCAGGCGGUGGCGCGGCCGCCGCGCUGCCCACGGUGGCGGCCCUGGUGGUGCAGUGGGCGUCUGAAGAGGCGCGCAACUGCGCGGCGCUGCUUCGGCGCCACGCGCUGACGCCUUUCCUGGCUACCGGCACGGCGGUGGGGGCGCUGCUGUGUGUGGGGCUGGCGCUGGUGUUCUGUGCGGCGCUGGAGGGCAGCCACGGCUUGGCGUUAAGGGUGACCUUCCAAGCCGAGCUGUGGGCGCUGAUGGAAGCCAUUGUCCGGCGGCACCUGCACCGGGUCCGCGAGGAAGCAGCCACGGCCACGUCUUUGGACGCAACCAAUGCGGCGCUGCAGGCAUACGCAGGAGGGGGCGGCGUGGCUGCGACCACCGCAGCGGCGGCCAGGCUGCCGGACGCCGCAACGAACGGCAACUCGCAUCCACCAGGCCAUCCGCCAACUGGGCAGCAGCACGGUGCAGGCGCUGCCGCAGGCCCCGCCUCGUGGGGCUCGGCUCCCUCAUUUGCGGUGGCAGCCCGGCUCAAGGGCCUGAGCGCCAUGCUGCCUGAGCUGCGGGCGCUGGCAGAGGGCCUGGCACCGCUGGGCACCACCGCGGCGGUGGCGGUGCUGCGGCAGGGCGUGGUGGCGGCCUUCACCGCCGUGUGCGAGCAGGUGCUGGCGUCCGUGAAGCGCAUGCUGGGCAGUGGUAGCGGCAGCAAUGCGGCUGCCGCUGGGGGUGCUGCGGCAGCAGGCGCUGGGGGUGCGGCAGGUGGCGCCGCGGCGGGCGCGGGGGCGGUGAUGGCGGCGCUGGCAGGUCCUGCGGCCGGCCGGGAGGGCGCGCGUCUGGCCGCCUACAUGCUCAACGUGGAGCAGCAGCUCCGCACGUUCGCGGAGGCAGACGUGCAGGUGGCGCUGGCACCACUGGCGAGCGUCGUGGGCCCCGUCGCGCCGCCGGAGCUGCUGCUUCCGAGCCUGUACCCGCUGGCGGAGCUGCGCGGCACCCUGCCGCCGCCGGCAGCGGAAGAGGCCGGAAUGGCUCUGGACGCGCCUGCCGAUGGCGCGGGCUCGGCUCCAAACGUGCUAGAGCAGCACUCGUCAGGAGUGCUGGAUCGCAUUCGGGCGGAGCUGGAAGCAGAGACAGAGCGGCGCGAGCGGGAGCGGGAGGCAAGGCGGCAACGGGAGGCUCAGGAGCAGGAGCAGCUCGUGGCUCGACAGGCGCAGGCUCGGCAACAGCAGGCUGACGCGCGGCAGCAGCUGGCGGAAGGAAAGCGGCAAGAGGACACCCGGGCGGUGGCCGCUGCUGCAUCCGCAGCAGCAGGGGUGGCCUCAGCGGCAGGCGCAGUCACAGGCCAAGCUGCGCCCACCGGAGCGAACGGCGCAGGGACUGCGAAAGCAAGCAAAGCGCUGGCACUGGAUCUGGAGGCAGAGGCCGCAAGGUCACGGCGACCGGCGAUUGACGUGGAUGAGACCGCGGCGAGUACCGCCUUGCAAGCCGCAGCGCCGCAGCGGCCCCGCAGGGUGCCGGAAGGCACGGUGGCUGUCAGGUUCAAGGACGAGGAGCGUGAGGCGCCGGAGCCAGCCGCGCAGUACAGCGGCAGGAGCAAAGACGCUGAGGCAGCCGCCCUGGAACAGGAGGAUCCGGCAGCAGUACGCCGUAGACGGUGGCCAGCCCUGGCUGCUGAGGAGGAUGAGGCAAUGGAAUUGGUGGCGGCUGGUAGCUCUGAAGCGGAGGAGCGCACGCGCAGCAAGUCGCGUGGGCGCUCGCGGUUUCCGGGUGCCCGGGAAGGUGCCGCAGUGGGAUGGGAGCCAGAGCCUGCUGUGCAACCGGCUGCGUCACGGCGGCCACAGCAGGUGGAGGUAGCUGAGCCAGCGCCAGCGCCGCGACACCGUGCGCAGGUCGCACAGCCGGAGUCGGAAAACGACUGGGCUGCCCCAUCGGCCGCGGGCAGGCGUGAGCGACGCGAGCGGGAGCGGUUUCAAGACCGCAACGAGGAGGAGGCUGGUGGCUAUGCAGAGGACUGGGGCGCAGGCGCUCGGCGGCGGCCAGCAGAGGCUGCAUCCGCGGCAGCAGUGGACACACAUGCCCGCAGCCGGUCCCGCAUGCGAGCGGAGGUGCAGCCCGAACCUGAGCCCAAUGCGGCACUGCGCGUCGGCCGCAGCCGGCAGGCACACGCCGAGGAGGAGCCGGCGCCAGAUGACGCGGCACGCAGCCGGUCGGUGCGGCGUGAGCGUCAGGCAGAGGCAGUGGCAGAGGAUGACCAGCCCAAUGACAGCGCCAGUAUACGCAGGGGAACUUCAGCAGCACGGCGUAGCGUGCCUGCUGCUGCGGAAGUGGAGCUGGCUGCGCCGCGGCAACGGCGCCCGCCGCGUCUGGAGCCAGAAGAGGAGGCUGCAGCACCGUUGGCACGUCCCGCGCCUGCGGCAGACCCUGGCAGCCGCGUACGUGCGUCCGCAGCCCCGGAGUCACCAGUUGUGGCUGAGCGCAGCAGAGUUAAGCCUGGUCCCGCGGCAGAGUCGGGGGCUGCAGCUCCUGUCAAGAAGCCCAACCGCUUCGGUGUUGCGCUGAGCGAUGACGACGAUUUGCCGGUGCCACGACCGCGGCGCGCACGACAAGUGUCGGCUGCACCGACGUCAGCAGCUGCAGCAGAAGACGAUAGUGCCGCCACUACCAAUCGCUCACCGGAUUCUCAUCCUGCGCCUGUGCCCAGCGCGGGCGCCCGUGCUGCCGCUGCUACUACACCUGCUGCGGCGGGAUCAACAGCUGUGGCGGAGGCACCGGCCGCAGAGCGCCGUCGGCGUCCGCUGCCGCGCCCGCCGUCAGACAGCGACGAGGACUUGCCUGCUGGGGGCAUGGCCCGGGUAGCCAGGCCAGCUGCAGCAGCGGAGGCAGGCAGCGGUAGGCGCCCUGAGGCAAGUGCGGCACCAACAGCUGACGGGGCCGCGGCAGGAGAGCCUGUGGCCAAGGGCAUGACAGCAAAGGAGCGGCUGGCAGCGCGAAUGGCGGCUCGGAUGGCGGCUGCAGGUGGAGGAUUGUAAAUUUUGCGGAGGCCGGAGGGACGUCCACGGGAGUACCAAGCACAGGGGCACCCCUGGCCAAGCACUAUUGAUUGGACACAUCACACAUGGAUUGUUGCGACAUGCGAGCGGUAUAAGACCGCUGUAUU